AUGUCCGGCUACGCCCCGCAAACCUCCCAAACGGCCGACGCCUCAGCCAUCGACAUCCACUCGCGCGCCGUCUCCUACACCUGCGGCGACUGCGACGGCGACGUGCAGCUCAAGCGCGGCGAGCCCAUCCGCUGCCGCAACUGCGGGCACCGCGUGCUGUACAAGAAGCGGACGAACCGGUGA